CACACGUCCAUCUAUGAAAGUAUAGCAACAAUUCCCUGUCCAUCCAUCUUCGUCUAGUUUUCUUCCUAUUUUGACCAAACAUGCCAACAUUCUUCUCCUUUCAAACCUCGUUACUUGUUUCUCUUGCCCUAGCGCUUGCCCUUACACCAAUAACAACAACGACAAAGUUCCAAUUCCAGAACGCCCUCUCCUUUUCCCCACUCGCCACUCUCUUUGUCACCCUCUUCGCUGUUUCCCUUAACUACUGGCUUGUCCCUGGAGGUUUUGCAUGGAGAAACUAUCGAUUCCAACAUCAUCCCAACAACGAAAAACCAGACGCAAAACUUUCUGGGCCUAUGGGGUGGCCCAUACUGGGCUCUCUGCCUCUAAUGGGAUCUCUGGCGCACGCCAAACUCGCUGCUUUAGCCGCGUCGUUAAACGCCAAGAGGAUAAUGGCGUUCAGCCUGGGACCCACUCCGGUUGUUAUAAGCAGCCACCCCGAGACUGCCAGACAAAUCUUAUUCGGAUCCUCCUUUUCGGAUCGUCCCAUAAAAGAAUCCGCUCGCGCUCUCAUGUUUGAGCGAGCCAUUGGUUUCGCUCCUUCCGACACCUACUGGAGGCACCUUCGUAGGAUUGCGGCGUUCCACAUGUUCUCUCCGAGGAGGAUUCAGGAUUUGGAGGGCGUCCGGCAGCGAGUGGCUGAGGACAUGGUGAAGAGCGCGUGGAAGGAGAUGGAGGAGAAAGGGGUGGUGGAAGUUCGGGGCAUACUUCAGGAAGGAUCUCUGUUGAAUAUUUUGGAGAGUGUGUUUGGGAGUAAUGAUAAGAGUGAGGAGUUGGGUGGUAUGGUUAAGGAAGGGUACGAGUUGAUUGCGAAGUUCAACUUGGAAGAUUAUUUUCCUCUCAAGUUUUUGGACUUUCAUGGGGUGAAGAGAAGGUGCCACAAGUUGGCCGCUAAGGUCGGUAGUGUUGUGGGGCAAAUUGUGGAGGAGCGAAAACGAGAUGGGAGUUUUGUUGGGAAGAAUGAUUUUCUUAGCACUUUGUUAUCCUUACCCAAAGAAGAAAGGUUGGAUGAUUCAGAUAUGGUGGCUAUUCUGUGGGAAAUGGUAUUUCGAGGAACAGACACGGUUGCAAUACUCCUAGAAUGGGUCAUGGCCAGGAUGGUUUUACACCAAGACGUACAAAAGAAAGCCCGGGAAGAAAUCGACACGUGCAUCAGCCAAAAUCGUCACGUGCGAGACUCGGAUAUUUCGAACCUGCCUUACCUCCAGUCCAUAGUGAAAGAAGUUCUCCGGCUGCACCCUCCGGGUCCACUACUCUCAUGGGCCCGCCUCGCAGUCCACGAUGUCUACGUGGAUAAAGUACUUGUGCCAGCUGGCACAACAGCCAUGGUUAACAUGUGGGCAAUAUCGCAUGACUCGUCCAUCUGGGAGGACCCAUGGGCUUUCAAACCGGAGAGGUUCCUAACAGAAGACGUUUCCAUCAUGGGGUCGGACUUGAGGCUGGCCCCCUUCGGAGCUGGACGUAGGGUGUGUCCGGGAAGGGCCUUGGGCUUGGCCACGGCCCAUCUCUGGCUCGCGCAACUUCUCCGCCACUUCACAUGGCUCCCGGCGCAACAUGUGGAUCUUUCGGAAUGCCUUAAGCUUUCCAUGGAAAUGAAGACCCCUCUGCGAUGCGUAGUGGUUCGUAGAUAAAAAUAAAUAAAAAAUGUCGUAAGCCCUUGAGCCAAACCAUCUUAAAUGCAUCCGAUGUUUGAUGUUAAAGUGAGUCGUCCUCUCUCCCUCUUAAUGAGUUUGGUACUCAAAUGUCUAGUGAAAUAUUUAGAGAUUAACCAUGAAACUUAUCUCUAAGUUCUAUUUCACUUUAUUUUCAAGAGUAUCAAAUUAUUAAAGUAAAUAAUUAUCCAGUGCUAGUUGACAAGAAGUGGAUGUAAGAAGAGAGUGUAUUAAGAAGAUUUUAUGUCUCUUUAAUUGUAAAAUGUAAAUUACUUUAAGGUAAUGUAAUGAAUUUGGUUUCCGUUGCUUUGA